AUGAUGACUCAAGCCCGUCUUCACUCCCUGUGUCUUCUUGCACUUUAUUUGACAACUGGAUAUGGCCAAGAGGGGAAGGUUAGUGGACCCCUGAAGGCUAUGACCCUUCCUGUGUUUGAAGGUCAAGAACCAAGCCAAAUCAUAUUCCAGUUUAAGGCCGAUCCUCCUGCCGUGACUUUCAAACUAACCGGGGAGACAGAUGACACAUUUAAGAUAGACUCAGAUGGACUUCUGUAUCACAUCAAAGCCCUAGACAGGGAAACCAAAGCUAUUCACAAUCUCCAGAUUGCAGCCCUGGAUGCUCAGGGAGCUACAGUGGUGGGCCCAGUCCCCAUUACCAUAGAAGUGGAGGACAUCAAUGACAAUCGACCCACGUUUCUCCAGUCAAAGUAUGAAGGCUCAGUAAGGCAGAACUCUCGCCCAGGAAAGCCUUUCAUGUAUGUCAAUGCUACAGACCUGGAUGAUCCAGCCACUCUCAAUGGCCAGCUUUUUUAUGAAAUUGUCAUUCAGCUUCCCAAGAUCAACAAUGUCAUGUACUUUCAGAUCAACAACAAGACGGGGGCAAUCUCACUUACCCGAGAAGGGUCUCAGGAAUUAGAUCCUGCUAAGAAUCCUUCCUACAAUCUGGUGGUCUCGGUGAAGGACAUGGGAGGCCAGAAUGAGAACUCCUUCAGUGAUACUGCGUCUGUGGAUAUUACGGUGAAGGAGAAUAUUUGGAAAGCACCAGAACCUGUGGAAAUUGUAGAAAACUCAACUGACCCUCACCCCAUCAAAAUCACCCAGGUGCGGUGGAAUGAGGCAGGUGCACAGUAUUCCUUAUUCGAAAAAGAGAAGCUGCCAAGAUUCCCAUUUUCAAUUGACCAGGAAGGAGAUAUUUAUGUGACUCAGCCCUUGGACCGAGAAGAAAAUGAUUCAUAUGUUUUUUAUGCAGCUGCAAAGGAUGAGUAUGGAAAACCACUUGCACGGCCACUGGAAAUUCAUGUGAAAGUUAAAGAUAUUAAUGAUAAUCCACCUAUAUGUCCAAGUACAGUGACUGUAUUUGAGGUCCAGGAGAAUGAAAAACUGGGUAGCAAUAUUGGAACCCUUACUGCCCAUGACAUGGAUGAAGAAAACACUGUCAACAGUAUUUUAGGGUACAGAAUUGUGGAGCAAACCCCCAAGCUUCCCACAGAUGGGCUCUUCCUGGUCCAAACCUAUCAAGGAGUGUUCCAGUUAGCUAAAAGAUCCUUGAAGAAGCAAGAUACUCCUCAGUACAACUUAACAGUAGAGGUGUCCGACAAAGAUUUCAAGACCCUCUGUUUUGUGCAAGUCAACAUUAUUGAUAUCAAUGAUCAGAUCCCCAUCUUUGAAAAAUCAGAUUAUGGAAACCUGACUCUCGCUGAAGACACAGAUAUUGGGUCUACCAUCUUAAUCAUCCAGGCCACCGAUGCUGAUGAGCCACUUACCGGGAGCUCUAAAAUCGUGUAUCGGAUUAUCCAGGGAGACAGUGAGGGGCGACUGGGGAUUGACACAGAUCCCCAAACCAAUGCCGGAUAUGUCACAAUUAGAAAGCCUCUUGAUUUUGAAACAGCUGCUAUUUCCAACAUUGUGGUACAAGCGGAAAAUCCUGAGCCUCUGGUAUCUGGUGUAACGUACAAUGCAAGCUCUUUGGCUACAUUCAAGCUUAUUGUGACAGAUGUGAAUGAAGCACCCAUAUUUUCUCAAGAUGUAUUCCAAGCAAAAGUCAGUGAGGAUGCAGCUGUAGGCACUAAGGUGGGCAGCGUGACUGCCAAGGAUCCAGAAGGUUUGAACGUAAGUUAUUCACUGAGAGGCGACACGAGAGGUUGGCUUAAAAUUCACCCCGUCACUGGUGAGAUUUCUAGCGUGGCUCCUCUGGACAGGGAAGCUCAGAGUCUGUAUCGGGUACGAGUGGUGGCCACUGAAGUAGGUGGGUCCUCCUUGAGUGCCACAACGGAUUUCCUCCUGACCCUUACUGAUGUGAAUGACAACCCCCCGAGGCUAGUGAAGAACUACACAGGCUUAUUCCUCUGCUAUCCCCUUAAUGCACCCGGAAGUGUCAUUUUCGAGGCCACUGAUGAUGAUCAGCAGUCAUUACGGGGUCUCCACUUUACAUUUUCCCUUGGCAGUGAAAGCUUACAAAACCACUGGGAAGUUUCCAAAAUCAAUGGCACUCAUGCCAGACUCUCCACCAAGCACACGGACUUUGAGGAGAGACUUUAUGAAAUCCCAAUCCGCAUCAAUGACGGGGGUCGGCCACCCUUGGAAGGGACUGUCUCUUUACCAGUUACUUUCUGCACAUGUGUGGAAGGAAGAUGUUUCCGACCAGCAGGUCACCAGGCUGGGAUACCCACUAUGGGCAUGGCAGUUGGUAUACUCCUAACCACCUUUCUAGUCAUUGGUAUAAUUUUAGCAGUUGUGUUUAUCCGCAUACAGAAGAAUAAAGGCAAAAAUAAUGUUGGAAGUGCUCAGGCAUCUGAAAACCAACCUCUGAGAAGCUGA